AUGGAUCAGAGUGAAAGCAGCCUCAAAAGGCCUAGCCCUCAUGAUGAAGACGAGAAUCCAGAUAGCCAAGGAGAGUGGCAAACCGUCACCAGACCCAAGAAGAAGGCAAAGAAGGUGCCUCGCCCGGGCAAGGGAGGAUACCCUGGCCUGAAUUUUUCACCCAACGCUCGGCUCCAGUCCAUGCUCAGCCUUAACAACCUGCGCGACCUCAUCACCUACAUCUUUGCCGAUGGUACCGGUCCCCAGUGGAUCUCAGUCACUCAUCGGCCGCAGUUCAGAAAGAUUGUGGCCAUCAUGGUACCUGGUCUUGAAGAGGCGCUUUUCAAGGCCGACGUUGACUACGCAAGUUUCAAUGACCUCAGAGAUGCAAAUGUGGAUGGAGGCAGCCAGGGAAAUGCGGAUAAAGAUGCCCACCCUUAUGGCUCCCCGGACACAUAUUAUCCCCGCAAACUCGACAAAGACACACUGCCAGAGCCACUGAAGCCAUUUGCUGACAUGUUCCCUCAUCUCUGGCCCGUCAAAACACCUGGUGACGACAAACACGGGAAAAUGCACUCGCCUUUGGCCGCCUUCCUUACUGCCCCCGCGCCAAAGGAGAAGACUUCACAAAAAGGAGGCGUAAAGCCCGCGAGAGAGCCCCAUGGAUGGAAGAACGAGAGGACGCGCAUCACAGAGUUCCUAGCUUCUGCUGAUGAACUAACGGACAAUGGCUACGUCAUUCAUCCGGCUCUUCUUCCAGAAGGACCACGACGAGACAACUUUGUCGCCCCAGAAGGAUAUGUCAUCACAAGAGUAGACAAGCUUGAGGAUGGCGAUGUUCCCGAGGCCGAAAUUGAACAGGGUAGCAUCACGGCUGGCAGAGAGAUCUUGGCGGUUGAUUGCGAAAUGUGCAUGACGGGCGAGAGCGAGUUUUCGCUGACUCGCAUCAGUCUCAUCGACUGGGACGGAAAUGUUGUGCUAGAUGAGCUUGUGAAGCCCGACAAGCCCAUCAUCGACUACGUUACGCGGUUUUCCGGCAUCACGGAGGAGAUGUUGGCACCCGUGACAACUACGCUACGUGACAUACAGGAGAAACUCCUUGAGAUUCUCACUCCGCGUACUAUUCUAGUGGGCCACUCUCUCGAAUCUGACACCAAAGCUUUGCGAAUUGCUCAUCCUUUCAUCGUUGACACUUCUAUCAUAUACCCUCAUCCUCGCGGCUCUCCGCUAAAGUCGUCGCUCAAAUGGCUCGCUCAAAAGUAUCUGUCCCGAGAAAUUCAAAAAGGCGACGUUCUGGGCCAUAACAGCAUCGAAGACGCCAAAACUUGCCUCGAUCUGGUAAAGCAGAAGUGCGAGAGGGGAAAGUUGUGGGGUUCGUCAGAUGCGCAGGGGGAGAAUCUGUUCCGCAGACUCGCACGCGCCGGAACAGCUUAUAAAGCUCAGGGAGGAGAUGCUGCUCUCGGCGGCGUCGAGGUUGGCAAGACCAGUGCUGCCGUUGAUUGGGGUGACCCUUCCAAGGGUCUCGGAGCGGGAGCCACGCACAAGCUCGGGUGCAGGACCGACGAGGACGUGACGACAAACAUCAUCCGAGCCGUCCUCGGUGAUGAAGAUGGCGCAGUCAUCCGGGGCGGCGGAGUGGACUUUGUCUGGGGUCGAAUGCGCGAGCUGGAAGCCCUGCAGGGAUGGUGGAAUAAGAAUGCCCCCGAAAGGGACGUGGACGCCGUGUCCGAGGCCGUCGGGUUCGAUGCCGCAUCAGAGGGUUCCUCUCCUCUAGAGCAGGCCCUCGUCCGGCUCACGGAGCGCCUCGUUCGCAUCCACGAGGCUCUUCCGCCUUGCACCGCCUUUAUCAUCUACAGUGGCUCUGGUGACCCGCGCAGGAUGGCCCAGCUGCAGCAUAUGCAUGCUCAGUGGCGCAAGGAGUACAACACGCCUGGCAAGAAGUGGGAUGAACUGAGCGUCAAGUGGACUGAUGUGGAGGAACAGGCGUUGAAGCGGGCCGUGCAGAAGGCGCGGUCAGGAGUUGGUUUUUUGAACGUUAAAUAG